GUGUCGGCUUCUGUGUCUGCUGCUGCUUCUGCUGCUGCCGGCCUCCUUCACGCUCAGCCGUUGCCGUCCUCCGCCCACCAAGAAGGAACGCUCAACAUGCCCACUCACCCCCGCCCACCGCACCGCCCCCCAUUCCGACCACCCACACCCUUCGCGUCACACCGCCCUGCUGUCGUGCCCUUCGCCAAUGCGCCGAUCGCUCUGCGGCCUCGAUCCUCGCUUGGCCCCGGCGUGGGCCGCCCCGCACUCACCCCAGCACAACCCUCACCACCACCACCAGCAUCAGCAGGGGCGUCAGCAUCACCGGCAGUGGUGGAGCUGCCACCGAGGGACGGGCCGUCGCCGGUCGGAGGGAUACGGGAUGAGGUAUGCACGCAUACACGGGCCGAAAAGAAAUGGCCCGCAUUCAUUCAUGGAUGCGUUUCUUGCGUCGUGAUGCAGGAGUGUGUGGGCCCGGCGUCGGCCGAGUUGCAGUCUCUGCACACGAUGCUCAGGAGCUUGGCGACUGCGUCUGGUCCUGUACAGGCUACCGGCUCCAACGCGGCACUGGAUCAGAUGGGCCUCACGAUAGGUAAGCCAAAGCCAAGCCGGCGGUGCGAUGAGCUGUCUCAUACCCUCCCUGUCCCGGUGUCUGUGCAGCUGGCAUGGCGGAGAGGUGCACGCUCACGGGGCAUCAGAACCUGGUACAUAGAGCAAUAGUAAUCCAAUCAACACAUGCAGCCCUCGGCCCGCCAUCUCUGUGUCGAUGUGUGGUUCACUCACUGCAGACUGGCGCGGCCACGGCAGCCAUCGCCGCGCCAUCGAACGUGCCUGUAAGCAGAUGGAUGAAGGCCUAAUUGAUGCAUCCAAAGAUGUCGUUCGUCGUCGAUCGAUGUGUGCAUCGGUCUGUGCCUCAGGUGGCAGCACCGGUGUCUGCUUCUGCUCCCGGCUUCUCAUUCUCCCCUAUGCCGUACCAGGCCCCUCACCUCCGCCCGCCAGCCUUCACAUAUCACCACACUGCUGCCAUGCCGCACCCGCCGUCGGCACCGCCUCCUGCAGUGGUCCUCCCCGCCCCAUCCCCAGCCGCAGCACAUGUGAGAGUGAUGCCAAACCAAGUACCACUGCAGUACCCGACGCAUCACGGCAUCCCCGGGCCGGGGGGGCACCCGAUGCCGCCGCCGGGCAACACAGCUGGGCGGACCACCAGAGGGGCGUGCCCGUGGGCGACGCAUGGCAGAAUUGGACAGGGGGACGUGCAGUGACAGGGGUGAGGCGACUCACUCACUGACUGACUGACUGACUGACUGAUCGGGUGGGGGGUGGAGAGAAAGAGGCUAUACGUAGACACUCAUGUUGGUAGCUAUGACAGGGUGAAUUGGAUGGAUGGAUGGACUCAUGAGUCAGAAUUGGACCUUCCUCGCAUAGAUUGACUGACUCAUUGACUGACUGACUGACUGCCUGGCUGAUCGAGUUGCCAGCACCGCACGCAGGCUGACUGACUGGGUGGUUGGGUGGGGUCUCCACCAGCAUGAAUGUCUGUCUACGUCGG